AUGUCAGCACCCUCCGAACCACCGAGCAGGACCUCCACCCCUCGGUCUUUUACAAACCAAUCGACCACAGCGGAAGAUCUAUUUAAGUCGCAAACGGUUGGCUUAGUGAAGCUAUCUGACUACCGAAAGAGACGGGCGGAAGUCCUUGAGCAAAAAGAACGAGAAGCACAUGAUAAGUCCUUAGGCCGGUUUACUCCUGGGGCAUCUAGAAGUGUCACGCCGUUAACCGGUGACAAGGCGGACGGUGAGCAGAGCGAUGAGCCGCAGAAGAAGAAGAAAAAGAAAGCCCGAGCCCUUGCAAAGAGCAAACUCUCGUUCGGCAAUGACGAAGGAGAGUCUGAGGAUACACCCAAUGUAUCCCGAGAUGCAAGUGAAAGCAGGUCUCGGUCAGGUACACCGCACGAGUCGAGCCCAAAACCGUCUCGACGAUUAGCUCCAAACCCACAUUUGACGCUUCCUCGACCGAAACUGGUAACAAAGUCUGCUUUAGAAGCAGAGUCUAAGGCUAGGGAUGCUCUUCGACGGGAAUUCUUAGCCCUCCAGGAAGUUGUCAAGGCAACCGAGAUCGCGAUACCGUUUAUUUUCUAUGACGGAACAAAUAUUCCGGCUGGUCAGGUUACUGUUAAGAAAGGGGACCCGGUAUGGCUGUUCCUUGAUCGAUGUCGAAAAGUUGGUGCAAAGCUAGGACUUGCAGGCGCGGGGGGGGCAGCAAGAGGGCGAAAGGAUCAUCGAAGGGAAUGGGCUAGAGUAGGAGUCGACGAUUUAAUGUUGGUUAGAGGAGGGGUCAUUAUUCCGCACCACUAUGAGUUUUACUACUUCAUUGCGAAUCGAAUCCCCAAUUACUCUGGCAACGGCGGGCUACUGUUUGACUUCUCAGAUGCUGCGCCAUCACCAGCUUCUGAAAAUAAUAGCAACUCAACAGCUGUACUUGAAGGGAAAGACGCAGAUCCAACCCUUACCAAGGUUGUGGAUAGACGGUGGUUCGAACGAAAUAAGCAUAUUUUUCCAGCAAGUCUCUGGCGUGAAUACGAACCUGGACCCGAGUUUGAAGAGAAGAUGCGUGGAGUCCGACGAGACAACCAAGGAAAUGCAUUCUUUUUCUAG